AUGGAGGCUCCAAGGGCGAACGAGCCAACAUCGAUACGUUCGUCAUAUCUCGAUUCCAGAAGCAUUGCUAACUGCGAAGUUGUAGAGUUGUCCGCGGGAAAUGCUGACUACGAAGAUGCAGAGAUGCCCGCCGGCCGUCCCUCAGCUGUCGUGCUUGAACUCACCCAUUCCGCGAGUCCAACAGAAAGUAACGACCCGGAAAAUUACCGUACGCCUUCACAGCACAACUCUACAAGCAACAGACGAAAUGGCUCACAGCUUUCUUCCCCUGAGCAAACUCAAAAGAAAGCCACAGAGGGCGGCAGGCAAACAACGUCGCGGCGAGAAAGCGGCACUUCUUUGCCGAAAAAGCCCCUAUAUAUGCGCCUUCCAUGCAUCGAAUCAAUCGCGAAUUGGUUCGACCAGAUGUGGUAUGCGGAGUCGGUUUAUGUACGCUACGGCGAAGGCGCGAUCACAAAUGUGUCCACAAAAGGCACUGCACGAACAAAAGUUGACAUGGGCCGUUCUGCGGCUACGCAAUGCAGUUUUUACUCGACAGGGGCAGGCAGCGAGGCAGGGGAAAUUUCUGAGCUCAAGAGGCAGCAGAGAGCCAAUAUUAGCCUCCUACCCUUGCGUUUUAAAGACGAAGAGACCGAGAAUGAGUUUGUAUACAAUAGCAGGCGCCUCAUGGAGUGGCGAAGCAUUUGUCUCUUCUGCUUCAAGAUACUGGCCACAACAUGCGUUUAUGCUAUCCUUGCUUGUGGGGCGUUCGGGCACUGGACGUCCGUCCCGGAAAGUUUCAUAUUGGGGCUUCACGGAAUAUACGCUACCUUGAUUUUUUUGGCGACGUGCUCAGUUUUGGCCCCAGCCAUUCCAUGGAUUAGGCAAAGACUGGAAUACUGGCUCUACGCAGUACUAGCUGCGGAAGCUGCAGCUGUGGUUAUAUUUGUAACAAAUGAAAAACUGUCGAUAUAUCCCAGCCAUGAACUUGACCCCAGUUCGAUGCAGCUGUCCGCGAGGAGUUUGAGUGAAGAACCCGCAGGCCAAGGGAUAUGCACUCGCAACGUCAAUUUGGCAGUCUUCAUCCUGUCUAUGGAGCUGAUUCUCGACGCAUGGUUGCAGUUCUUUAUGUAUCUUUUCAUGGUCUCUGUGAGCGUAGUCUUGCCGACGCGCGUCCGCAUAGCGGCUUGGGUCCAGCUGGCUGUUUUGCUCCUUUACUGCCUCCCCGUUUUUAUAGGGCAGCGCUACUGCCACGCACUCUUAUAUCCAGAGUUACUCCGCAUGUUGCACGGGCUAAUCAUGUUGAUCUCUUCCAUUGCUGGAUCAUACGCAAGUGAAUCAAAGCGUCGAGGCCUAUUCUAUUCUUGGAUUAUGAUGAAGCGGCGCAUGAAGCUCCUGGAGGCUGAACGUGACAAGCCGAGAGAUGAUAACAUGCGCAGUGGGGUGUCUGCGCUCCAACGGCACUGCAAGCAGGCAGAGGUAGCUUUGAUGAGCGCGAAGACUGCUCCAGGAGGAACUAACAUUUCAUCCCAGAUAAGAGACGCUGUGAAUAAUAUAAAGGCGUGCCUGGAUAUCAUGUCGAAAAGCAAGGACCUGUACCAUACAGAACUCAAAGAAGAACUUCGAGAAAAGACAUUCAUCAAGGCGUUUAACGUGGAAAAACAGACUGGGAAAGGCCUGUUGGCUGCCGUUGAUCGGAGAGUCUCCGGAGCGCAAUCCGUCCGGGCGGGAGAUUCAGUUGCAGGACAACGGAUGAACAGUCUUCCAGUUUGCACUGCAGGUGUUCUACUCCCAUUAUUCACGACCGAGAUCGCUUCUCGUGUAGGCGUCGACAUAACCUUCAACCAAUUAGGUUUUAACCGGAAGGUAAAAGAAAAAGAUGCAAAUAGUUCGGCCUUCUUUGAGUGCGGAUAUUCAUUGCUCUGGCAUUAUGCUGCCGACUGGGGAUGCGAGGACUGUGUACUUCGUACAUUUCUUAUCGAGAUCGAAAGCUUGUACAACGAUCUCCCUUACCACAAUUCCAUCCAUGGAGCAAUGGCAAUUCUAUACAACGACCGUUCUGUCCUUGAGAACUUCCACGCUGCACUGACCUUUAAAGUGCUGUCUCACACCUCUUGCAACAUCUUUGCGUCCUUAGCGAAAGACGAGAUUUUGGAAGUGAGGUCAAACAUGAUAUCUCUUAUUCUGGCCACAGACAUGAAAAGCCACUUCGGUGCAAUAAACCGACUGAGAGCAGCGAGGCAAAAUCCGCAUUUUGAUCAUAGAAAGCAAAGAGAUGACACUUGGCUUAUUAUGGAGAUGUGUAUGCGCGCCGCUGAUAUUGGGCAUAGCAUUCUGUCAUGGGACCAACAUUUCGAGUGGAGUAGUCGAGUAACUGCUGAAUUUUACCUUCAAGGAGAUGAAGAGGCAAGACACGGGAGAAGCAUUUCACCUUUGUGCGAUAGAGACUUGCACAGCUCUAUGGCCCGAAAUCAAGUUGGAUUCCUGGAACACCUCGUUAAGCCGCUUUUCGUCGAGCUCCACAGCGUAGAUAGCAUGAAAGGCGCAUUCCAAGAAGCUGUCGACACAAUAGAUGCGAACAUUAGUAGGUGGCAACAAUUGCAAGACAUCGGGGUCGAUGUGACGUUCUCGCCAGUUGUAAUGGCUUGCGAGGAUCGACUUAAGGGAAAAGACCACGUCUUGGACGUCAGUCUCAUCACUGAAACAAGAUGCAGGUGCCCGUGUUGUGAGUCUGGAAAUGCGGCAUGCAAGAAUGUUGGGAGAAAAGUUCGAAUCAAUGAGCACGUGGAGCAAGAAAAACACGAUGCUUGA